AUGAAUGAACCGGAUCUAAGUUUUAUAAAGUCGGACAUAGAUCUCUCAGAGGUAGCUCCGCUCAAUCGACGUCGUGUUGUUGCGUUCGUGAACUGCUACCUCUACAAGAUGAUCGAUUUCCUCAAUGCUUUUGCAAAUCGAGCGGAACGUGCGAUCCUAGAGGCAGAGCGGCAGCUUCGUGCCGCUGACAUCAAAUUGCAGCUAUUGGAGGCUAAGUUAGCUUCAAUACCAGAUUCGAUUCCUGAUACCACGGAACUGCAGUCAGAAAGCUCACGUCAGACGGCUGCCUUCUCUCCGGCGGGUUUUCAUUAUUUCGAGUUUCUGUGUUUUUUUUAUGAAGCACCACCAGUUGUGAAUGAGCCGAAGGUCGCAGCUUCACAGAAUGCAGACGUAAAGGAAAAUCCACAGGCUGCUAUAGCUUCAGUAGCUGAAACCAUCCAAUCGGAAGCACACAAGCGUGAAAGCAACGAAAAUGCCUCUAAGGGUGUCGUUGAGCCUGCGGUGAAGUUGAAGAUGCAAAGUGAAGGAGUGGAUCCAUCCAUGUUA